CCGAGCCGAUGAACAGGUAAAUCAUACCUGACACUUUAUGAUAAGACUACUGAACAAAAUGAACGAUCACAUCGUCAACAAGAUUGAAUGGAUGUGUUCAGGGGAUUCUUUAUGGGACUCCAACGUUACAUGGAAUACUGCUUAUCCGGACCUGACUCCGUGCUUCCACAAGACUAUACUCCGCUGGAUACCAUGUAUUCUCCUAUUGGUCCUAUCCCCUCUAAGACUUUGGAUAUUGUCCUCUAAGGAAAGUUCAAGACAAUCCCAGCCUAUGUGCCAUUCAGCGUUAAGUCUUGCCAAAUAUGUCCUGUGCCUUGGUCUAGCUCUUUUCGCGUUCCUAGAAUGUAUAGAAACCGUGUUUGUGAAUUCCCUGGCGGAGUCGAUGUUGAAACCGGAAUUUAUCUCCCCAGCAUUGACAGGAAUUACUAUGAUGGUGGCUAACCACGUCAUGUUAACAGAGCGGCGUCAUCGAAUGCAAUCUUCUGGACUAUUAUUUGUUUACUGGUUUCUUACGACAGUUUGUCUUACUCUAAACCUCCAGUCUCAGAUCAGAGGGUUAUACGCUCAGGAGGAAAUGAGCCUACAUUUCAGCGCUUGCCUGCUGCCUCUACAACUCCUGUUGUCCAUUGCCGAGCUUUUCCUCACUGGCUUUUUCAUCGACAAUUUUUCAAAGGAUGACGGUUCCAAAUCUAAGAAAUCGUGUCUUGAAAAUAGCACCAUCAUGUCGGCGCUUGCAUUUUCCUGGUUUACAAGAAUUGUGAAAGACGCUUACAAGAGACCAUUAGAGGCAAAGGAUUUGAUAGAACUUUCGGCUGACUUAAAAUCAGAAUCCACCGUCCCAGUUUUUGAGAAAGCUUGGCGUGAUGAUUCGAUCCGACAGAAAAGAAGAACUGAUGUAAACCAAAAUAUUUGCAGCGGGGACAUAAAAGCAUGCCUGUCUAGAGUUAUUUUGAAGAUCCACUUCUACGAGAUAUUCAUCCACUUCCUAAUAACCGUCCCAAUAUAUCUAUAUAGUUUCAUUGGCCCUCUGAUAUUUAGGAGUUUGAUAAAUUUUGCUGAAGAUGCAGACGAUUAUCUUUGGCAUGGAAUUUUUCUUGCCUCUGCUUACUUCCUGUUCGGUGUUGUACAAACAUUUCAAGACACUCACUCAGACCACGUAGGUCAUAUGCUUGGAAUCAAAAUCAGGACUUCAGUUUGUGGAGCCAUAUAUAGAAAGAUGGCUAAACUUUCCAAUAAAGCCAAGCAGGAAUGCACUGUUGGCGAAAUGGUCAACCUGAUGUCAGAUGACGCCACGAAAAUUAAUCACAGAUCCAUCUUUGAGCUGCACCUUCUGUUGCUUGGGCCUGUCCAGGCAUGCAUAGCGAUGUACUUUUUGUACCAGGAACUGGGAUCGUCUGCUCUAGUUGCAUUUUUUCUCCUUGUAGUAUUUGUUCCAUUAAUUGCUGUUAUUGCAAAAGCUCAACACAAAAUCAAUAAAGAAGGAAAGGAUAUAACGGAUAAAAGAAUGAAAGUUCUGAAUGAAGUCUUCAAUGGAAUGAAGGUAUUGAAACUGUAUGCAUGGGAACCCUCAUUUGGAGACAAAAUUGGAUCCAUAAGAUCGCAGGAAAUUAACGAGAAGACAAAGAAUAGAUAUCUAGACAUAGUUAAUAUGUUCUGCUGGCAAAUGUCCGAAUUUCUGUUCACUUUUUCGAUCUUUGCGGUGUACCUGUGGCUAGACGAGGGAAAUGUUUUAACAACAAAAAAAAUCUAUUUCAUAAUGUCCAUGAUUUCAGCUUUCCGUGGUCCGCUUAUGUAUAUGCCAAUAGCCAUUACCUCUCUUAUCGAGUUAUCGGUUUCACUAAAAAGAAUUGAAACAUUUCUGAAUCGUGAAGAAAUUGACGAAUCAGCCAUCCAACACAGCGAAGACGCAAAGAAAGCCAUAACAAUGAAAGCUGCAUCAUUCACAUGGAACAAAGCCGAAAGUCCUUCCUUAAGAAAUAUCGAUGUGGAUGUCUCUAAUGGCGAACUGGUGGCAGUGAUUGGUUCGGUUGGAGCCGGAAAAUCUUCACUCAUGUCAGCCGCUAUUGGAGAAAUGGAAAAAAUCUCUGGAACUGUCGAUGUCAAAGGUUCUGUAGCAUUUGUGACCCAAGAAGCAUGGAUUCAAAAUAAUACCCUGAGAGAAAACAUUCUGUUUGGUAGAAAAAUGAAUGUAAAGAACUAUAGAAAAGCAGUAGAAGCAUGUGCUUUACAAGCUGAUCUUGACAUUCUCCCUAAAGGAGAUGAAACAGAAAUAGGAGAAAAGGGUAUUAAUCUGAGCGGUGGACAGAAACAAAGAGUCAGUUUGGCGCGUGCAGUUUACGAUGAUGCUGACAUUUACUUAUUGGACGAUCCACUCAGUGCUGUAGACGCUCGCGUAGGCAGACAUCUAUUUGAUCAAGUGAUAGGAAAUAGGGGGCUUCUCAGAAAUAAGACCCGCGUUCUUGUUACCCAUGCCAUAAGCUUCUUACCAUACGUGGAUAGAGUCAUCAGUUUGGUAAACGGAGAAGUAUCAGAAGUCGGGACCUAUACGGAACUAAUGGAGAGAAAUGGUGCUUUUGCUGAAUUUGUACGAACCCACCUCCAGGAGGAAUCGAGUUCUGACGAUGAAUCGACCGAUGGAAGUACAAGACCCGCAUCAUUUGACAGACAGGUGUCAACAAUCGAUCAUUUAAACACCAAAGAAGACACAGAAAACGAGGAAAGAUGUAAAGAUUCUAAAUUCAUCGAAGAAGAGUCUAUUAAUCUUGAUGGGGCAAAAUGGUCCGCCUAUAGUACUUAUCUGAAAAUCGUAGGGCCAGUCCUUUUAGUCAUGUUUGCGGCGUGUCUUGCACUAAACGCUGCCGACUUUUACAAAAAUUACUGGCUCAGUGAAUGGGAUUCAGACAUCUCGGACAACAAAACAGAACUUAACUCAAGCGCUCAAGCCAUUUCACAAGGAUACAAAAUAAAGGGCUUUGGACUCAUUGGUCUGAUCAACACUCUUUUAAACGUACUUGGGGAACUCUCUGUGAUAUUCAUCGUGGUAACAUCAGCCAAAAAGGUUCACCAGAAGACUUUGGCCGGUGUGAUGAGAGCGCCUUUCAGUUUCUUUGAAAAUACUCCAGUUGGCAGAAUGGUCAAUAGAUUCUCAAAAGACAUGGAAUGUUUGGAACACUCUCUUCCGUGGGUUACCAAGAGCUUUAUGCACACCUUCCCGCGGAUCGUGUUCACUUUAAUUGUCAUCACGUCUGGGAUGCCGACAAUGGUCUACUUCUUGGUGCCGCUGUUCAUCAUGUAUUUUUUGAUACAGAGAUUAUUUAGUGUUGCAGCAUGUCAGUGCAGAAGAAUGAACAAAGCGCUCAGAUCCCCCCAGUUCUCUUUCUUCAGUGAAUCUAUCCAGGGAGCGACGACCAUUCGAGCUUUCAACAAAACGUCUUUAUUUGCGCAGGAGUGUGACCGUCGACGAGAUGCGUAUCACAAAGCUGAACUGACAACUCUUUCCUGUUACAGGUGGUUGAACUUUCGUUUAGGAUUUUUGGGAAAUCUGUUGGUGUUCAUCGCUUGCAUGUUGGCUUGUUAUCGUCGAGAUGUUUUAUCAAGCGGAAUGAUAGCUUUGAUCAUGACAUAUGCUGGCAAUGUAACAGAUACAUUAAGGUGGAUUGUUUUUGCUUUCACGGAGAUGGACACAAACAUUAUAACGGUCGAAAGAAUCCAGGAAUACAUAAACCUUAAACCCGAAGCUGAUUGGAGAAUCAAAGAAACUGAACCUGCUUCUAAUUGGCCUCAACGAGGUCACGUGAAGUUUUCCAAUUUCAGUCUGAGGUACAGAGAGGAUUUGGAAUUGGUUCUGAAAGGAAUUGAUUGCGAUAUUACACCCGGGGAGAAGAUAGGAAUCGUUGGAAGAACGGGGGCAGGAAAAUCAUCAUUAACCCUGGCAUUAUUUCGAAUUCUCGAAAAGGCUGGCGGAAGUAUAAUCAUCGAUGAUGUAGACAUAUCAACCAUUGGCUUGCACGACCUUCGUUCUAAGCUGACAAUUAUUCCCCAGGAUCCCGUGUUGUUUUCUGGUACAUUACGAAUGAACCUGGACCCGUUCAACUCUUUCUCUGACGAUGAUUUAUGGGAAGCUUUGGAACAUGCCCAUCUAAAAAAAUAUGUGGAAUCUCUCGAAGGUGGUCUUCUUUACGAAUGCUCAGAGAGAGGAGAAAAUCUCAGUGUUGGACAGAGACAGUUGAUAUGCCUCGCACGCGCACUUCUGAAGAAGUCCAAGAUAUUGGUCCUAGAUGAGGCUACAGCCGCUGUGGAUCUGAAAACAGACAACCUGAUACAGAACACUAUACGGCGGGAGUUCUCUGAUUGUACUAUCCUCACUAUAGCCCACAGACUUAACACUGUUUUGGACUACUCCAGAAUCAUGGUACUAGAUAAAGGCCAGAUUAAAGAAUUUGACAGUCCAGAUGUUUUGUUAAAAGAUGAAAACAGUAUAUUUCAUUCAAUGGCCAAAGCAGCUAAUCUUGUGUAGAUUAAGAUGCUUCCUUGACAUUUCAUUACAAUGUCUUAGAUUGCAAAGAUGCUUCAUUGACAUUUCAUUACAUUGUCUUAGAUUGCAAAGACGCUUUCUUGACAUUUCAUUACAUUGUCUUAGAUUGCAAAGACGCUUUCUUGACAUUUCAUUACAUUGUCUUAUAUUGCAAAGAUGUUUCCAUGACAUUUCAUUACCUUGUCUUAUAUUUUAAAGAUGAUUCCUUGACAUUUCAUUACAUUGUCUUCAAUUGCAAAGGUGCUUCCUUGAAAUUUCAUUACUUUGUCUUAGGUUGUACUUACAAUCUACGAAAAUAAGAAGUACAAUCAACUAUGAGCUACACACUAUAAUUAUUUAGUGUUUAUUGUUGUCAUAAAUUAGUGUGUGCAUACAUGUACAUCAGUCUAUACUUGGUGUCUAUCCCUACCAUUUUUGUGUUCAUUGUGUUUUACAAAAUGUGAUAUAUACAUAUUCUAUUCUAAAUAGAUUUUGUUAAUAAAAGGAUUUUUAUAUC